AUGGGGGCAGACGGGGAGACAGUGGUCUUGAAGAACGUGCUCAUUGGCGUCAACCUGAUCCUUCUGGGCUGCUUGCUCAAGCCCUCGGGGUGUCAGCUGGAGGUCACCAUGGAAAGGGUCCAGAGACCAGCAGUGCAGGAGGAAGGAGGCGCUGCCAGCUACAAUGCAUCCAGCAAGGAACAGCCGGUGGUCUUCAACCACGUGUACAACAUCAACGUGCCCCUGGACAGCCUCUGCUCCUCGGGGCUGGAGGCCUCAGCAGAGCACGAGGUGAGCCCCGAAGACGAGGUGCUGACGGAGUACACGGGCCAGACCUCGGACCACGAGAGCCAGGUCACCUUCACACACAGGAUCAACCUCCCCAAGAAGGCCUGCCCGUGUGCCAGCUCGGCCCAGGUGCUACAGGAGCUGCUGAGCCGAAUUGAGAUGCUGGAGAGGGAGGUUUCGGUUCUGCGGGACCAAUGCACCAGCAACUGCUGCCCGGAGAGUGCGGCCACAGGGCAACUGGACUAUAUCCCUCACUGCAGUGGCCACGGCAAUUUUAGCCUCGAGUCCUGCGGCUGCAUCUGCGAGCAAGGCUGGUUUGGCAAGAACUGCUCGGAGCCCGCCUGCCCGCUGGGCUGCUCCAGUCGGGGCGUGUGUGUGGACGGCCAGUGCGUCUGUGACAGCGAGUACAGCGGCGACGACUGCUCGGAGCUCCGCUGCCCGACCGACUGCAGCUCCCGCGGGCUGUGCGUGGGCGGGGAGUGCGUCUGCGAAGAGGCCUACGCGGGCGAGGACUGCAGCGAGCUGAGCUGCCCCGGGGGCUGUUCGGGGAAGGGGACCUGUGCCAACGGUACCUGCCUGUGCCAGGAGGGCUACGUCGGCGAGGACUGCGGCCAGCGGCGGUGUCCGAACGCCUGCAGCGGCCGAGGACACUGCCGGGAGGGGCUGUGCCUCUGUGAAGAGGGCUACCAGGGCCCUGACUGCUCGGCAGUUGCCCCUCCAGAGGACUUGCGAGUGGCUGGUAUCAGCGACAGGUCCAUUGAGCUGGAAUGGGACGGGCCGAUGGCAGUGACGGAAUAUGUGAUCUCUUACCAGCCGACGGCCCUGGGGGGCCUCCAGCUCCAGCAGCGGGUGCCUGGAGAUUGGAGUGGCGUCACCAUCUCAGAGCUGGAGCCAGGUCUCACCUACAACAUCAGCGUCUAUGCUGUCAUUAGCAACAUCCUCAGCCUUCCCAUCACUGCCAAGGUGGCCACCCAUCUCUCCACGCCGCAGGGGCUCCGAUUCAAGACGACCACAGAGACCACGGUGGAGGUGCAGUGGGAGCCCUUCUCAUUCCCCUUCGAUGGGUGGGAGGUCAGCUUCACUCCAAAGAACAAUGAAGGAGGGGUGAUUGCCCAGCUCCCCAGUGACGUCACAUCUUUCAAUCAGACGGGGCUAAAGCCUGGGGAGGAAUACAUUGUCAAUGUGGUGGCUCUGAAAGAGCAAGCCCGGAGCCCCCCUACCUCGGCCAGCGUCUCCACUGUCAUUGAUGGGCCCACGCAGAUCCUAGUUCGAGAUGUCUCCGACACCGUGGCCUUCGUGGAGUGGACCCCACCUCGAGCCAAAGUCGAUUUCAUUCUCCUAAAGUACGGCCUGGUGGGCGGGGAAGGCGGGAAAACCACCUUCCGGCUGCAGCCUCCCCUGAGCCAGUACUCGGUGCAGGCCCUGCGGCCGGGCUCCCGAUACGAGGUGUGGGUCAGCGCGGUCCGCGGAGCCAACGAGAGCGAGGCCAGCACCACCCAGUUCACAACAGAGAUUGAUGCCCCCAAGAACCUGCGGGUUGGUUCCCGCACAGCAACCAGCCUUGACCUGGAGUGGGACAACAGUGAGGCAGAGGUUCAGGAGUACAAGGUUGAGUACAGCACCUUGGCGGGCGAGCAGUACCAUGAGCUGCUGGUCCCCAAAAGCAUCGGACCAACCAGCAGAGCCACGCUCACCGAUCUGGUGCCUGGCACUGAGUAUGGGAUUGGAAUAUCCGCCGUCAUGAACUCACAGCAAAGCGUACCAGCCACCAUGAACGCCAGAACCGAACUCGACAGUCCUCGAGACCUCAUGGUGACAGCCUCCUCAGAAACCUCCAUCUCCCUCAUCUGGACCAAGGCCAGUGGCCCCAUUGACCAUUACCGAAUUACCUUUACCCCAUCCUCUGGGAUCGCCUCUGAAGUCACUGUGCCCAAGGACAGGACCUCGUAUACACUGACAGAUCUAGAGCCCGGCGCAGAGUACAUCAUUUCAAUCACAGCUGAGAGGGGCCGGCAGCAGAGUCUAGAGUCCACUGUGGAUGCCUUCACAGGCUUCCGCCCCAUCUCCCAUUUGCACUUUUCUCACGUGACCUCCUCCAGUGUGAACAUCACCUGGAGUGACCCAUCCCCUCCGGCAGACAGACUCAUUCUCAACUACAGCCCCCGGGAUGAAGAGGAAGAAAUGAUGGAGGUCUCCCUGGAUGCCACCAAGAGGCAUGCUGUCCUGAUGGGCCUGCAGCCAGCUACCGAAUACAUUGUGAAUCUGGUGGCAGUCCAUGGCACAGUGACCUCUGAGCCCAUCGUGGGCUCCAUCACCACAGGAAUUGAUCCUCCCAAAGACAUCACAAUUAGCAAUGUGACCAAGGACUCAGUUAUGGUCUCCUGGAGCCCUCCUGUUGCAUCUUUUGAUUACUACCGAGUAUCCUAUCGGCCAACACAAGUGGGACGACUGGACAGCUCAGUGGUGCCCAACACGGUGACAGAAUUCACCAUCACCAAGCUGUACCCAGCUACAGAAUAUGAAAUCAGCCUCAACAGCGUGCGGGGCAGGGAGGAGAGUGAGAGGAUCUGCACACUUGUGCACACAGCCAUGGACAAUCCUGCGGAUCUGACUGCUACCAACAUCACCCCAACCGAAGCCCUGCUGCAAUGGAAGGCACCCAUGAGUGAAGUAGAGAACUAUGUCAUUGUUCUCACACACUUUGCAGUUGCUGGAGAGACCAUCCUGGUUGAUGGAGACAGUGAGGAAUUCCAGCUUGUUGACCUGCUUCCUAGGACCCACUACACUGUCACCAUGUAUGCCACCAGUGGGCCUCUCACCAGUGGUACCGUCAGUACCAACUUCUCUACCCUCCUGGAUGCUCCUGAAAAUCUGACAGCCAGUGAAGUCACCAGACAAAGCGCCCUGAUCUCCUGGCAGCCUCCCAGAGCAGAGAUUGAGAACUACGUCUUGACCUACAAAUCCACUGAUGGAAGCCGCAAGGAGCUGAUUGUGGACGCAGAGGACACGUGGAUCCGACUGGAGGGCCUGUCCGAGAGCACAGACUACACGGUGCUCCUGCAGGCGGCGCAGGACACUGCGCGGAGCAGCAUCACCUCCACCGCCUUCGCCACAGGGGGCCGGGUCUUCCCUCAUCCUCAAGACUGUGCCCAGCAUUUGAUGAAUGGAGACACUCUGAGUGGGGUUUAUACCAUCUUCCUCAACGGAGAGCUAAGCCAGAAGUUACAGGUGUACUGCGACAUGACCACCGAUGGGGGUGGCUGGAUUGUAUUCCAGAGGCGGCAGAAUGGUCAAACUGAUUUUUUCCGGAAAUGGGCUGAGUACCGUGUUGGCUUUGGGAACCUGGAGGAUGAAUUUUGGCUGGGGCUGGACAACAUACACAGGAUCACGUCCCAGGGCCGCUACGAGCUGCGUGUGGACAUGCGUGACGGGCAGGAGGCCGCCUUCGCCUCCUACGACAGGUUCUCUGUUGAGGACAGCAGAAGCCUGUACAAACUCCGCCUGGGAGGUUACAACGGCACCGCAGGGGACUCUCUCAGCUACCAUCAGGGCCGCCCAUUCUCCACGGAGGACAGAGACAAUGACAUAGCAGUUACCAACUGUGCCAUGUCAUACAAGGGGGCCUGGUGGUAUAAGAACUGCCACCGGACCAACCUCAACGGGAAAUACGGCGAGUCCAGGCACAGUCAGGGGAUCAACUGGUACCACUGGAAAGGCCAUGAGUUCUCUAUCCCCUUCGUGGAGAUGAAGAUGCGCCCAUACAGCCACCGUCUCGUGGCAGGGAGGAAACGGCGGUCCUUGCAGUUCUAA